AUGGAGAUCCUCUACAGCGCAGUGCUGAGCGAGCUCGUGAGCAGGGCGGUGUCCUUCCUGCUCGCCAAGCGCGAGGAGCAGGCGGCGGCGGCCGCGCAGGAGGAGCGGCUACGCAGCCUGCUGCUGAGGAGCCGCACGAUCGUCGAGGAGGCCGAGCGGCGGCUCGUCACGAACCGGGCCAUGCUCCAGCAGCUCGGGGCCCUGAGGGAUGAGGCGUUCCGGGGCUACUACGUCCUCGACGCCGCCGCCAGGUUCAACCCGGCGAAGCGCGUCCGCGUCCCCUCCGGCGAUCCAGAGGCCUGCAGGGCGAGCGCCGCUCGCCUGAGAGAGCUGCGGCAGGCGGUUCGAGGCCUGGAAGCCAUGAUCGGCGACAUGAAGGAGUUUGUUGUGUUCUUGACGACCCAUCCCCUCCUGCACCGCCAACCUUACAGCGCCCAUCUGUUUGUCGACAAGUGCAUGUUUGGCCGCCACAUGGAGAAGGAAAGGAUCAUGGAGUUCUUGCUGCAGCCUGAGCCUCCUGGUGCGGCGAGGCUGGGUGUCCUUCCCAUCGUCGGCCCGGCGCAUAUUGGCAAGAGCACUCUCGUGGAACAUGUUUGCCACGAUGAAAGGGUGCGCGACCAUUUCUCGUUAAUUUUGUUCUACCGUGGGAAGAGCCUUGUAGACGAGACAGUGGCAAGUUUUAGAGACAAGUGUGUGGUCAAGCAUCAAACCGAUAAUGAGGCCUCAUCAGGUCAGAGGUUGCUGAUCAUCAUCGAGCUCUUCGAGGACUUGGACGAAGAGACAUGGAAGAACAUGCUGUACUCCUCCGAGAGAAGCAUGGCACAGGGGAGUAGGAUGAUCAUCACCAGUCGAUCGGAGAAGAUUGUGAGGUUCGGGACGACGCGUGCUCUUAGGCUCAAAUGCUUGUCUCCAGAAGCCUACUGGCAUUUCUUCAAGAUGACCGUCUUUGGAAGCGACGAUCCAGGGCAGCAUCCAAAGCUGGCGUCCUUGGCUAUGGAGAUGGCGAGCCUGAUGCAAGGCUCGUUCUUGUUUGCGAACAUCGGUGCCGUGGUGCUAAGAGACCAUUUCGACACUCAGAGUUGGUCCAGGGCAGUCAGAAGAAUAAGAGAGUACUUGCAAAAGAAUGUCUCCUUGUUUGGCGAGUACACAGAUGAUAUCAAGGAUAAGGAUCAUCCUCGGUUUACCUGGAGCCUGAUCAAUCAGAAACCCGACAGAUACUGUAUGCUCUAUGACAUUUACGAAAGAGGCUCCCAGGAGGAGGUCCCAGAGAUACCAUAUUCAGAUAUGCUAGCCGGUUCAGCUGAUGUCAUGUCAUGUAAAUUGCGUUAA